AUGCGAAGCACCUGCGUCCCGCCUGCACCACCAACUGCGACGAAGGCCGUAACGCCGCACUGCCGCAACGCUGUCCCACGCACCCACGCACUUCCCUCUCCCACUUCCAGCAGAUCCCGUCAUUCUCCGUCCCCCGUCCCCUUCCGCCCGCUGCUGCCUUUGGCCCAGGCACCGACCGAACCGAUAGCCACAUUCCGAGACACCGAACCCCUCAAGGAACAUCACGGAGCCCUCGCCGACCUUCCCUUAGCUCCUCCCCGCCCUAUCCAUAGUCGAUACCCAUUCUCUCCUCUCACAGGACCUCGUACCAUCCAACCUCGUCAUUCGACCGACGACCGACGACAGAGACCCAGCAACCCAAGGGAACAGAACAAAAAGUUGAUGAGAGCUGGUUUCCGGCUUUUCUCGCCCCCAGCCUACUACCACCGUCCGCCGACCUCUCCUCUCCGGCGUCUCAGCACGCCGCGCAGCAACAACCCCUUCGCCGCGUCCAUCACCGCCGCCGCCCGCCCGCGAACCCUCACAAUGGUCGCCACCCCGGAGGAAAUCGAGGCCAUGGCGCCCCCCGGCUACUCCUUCCCGGAGCACCGCCUCCGCCUCCAGCAAUCCGAACCCGACCGCGAGCCCCUCGUCCUCGUCGCUCCCGGCUCCUACAGCCCCAUCACCUUCCUUCACCUGCGCAUGGCCGUCAUGGCCGCAGACUACGUCCGCUACAACACAAACUUUGAGCUCAUCGGCUCCUACCUCUCCCCCGUCUCCGACGCCUACAAGAAGCGCGGCCUCGCACCCGCCUGCCACCGCCGCCGCAUGUGCGAGAUCGCCGCCGAGCAGACCUCACGCUUCCUGAUGGUCGAUCCCUGGGAGGCCGAGCAAACGGCCUACGUGCCCACCGCCCUCGUCCUCGACCACUUUGAGCACGAGAUCAACGUCAAGCGCGGCGGCUGCAACGGUAAGCGCGUGCGUAUUGCCGUGCUUGCUGGCGCCGACCUGAUUAACACGAUGAGUCAGCCUGGCGUCUGGUCACCUUCUGAUUUGAGACAUAUCCUGGGUGACUUUGGUGCUUUCGUGCUCGAGAGGGCUGGUGUAAAUAUUGAUGAGGCACUCGGUAAUCUUAAGGAGUACGAGGACCAGAUCUACUACAUUCCGCAAGUCGUUCCCAACGAUGUUUCGAGUACCAAGAUUCGAUUGUUGCUGAGGAGGAAUAUGAGCAUUGACUACCUCAUCCCUGCUGAAGUCAUCAAGUACAUUGACGAGCACGGCCUCUACAACGAAGACGACACAGCAACAAACGAGAAGGGAAAGGAGAAAGAGGUACAAUAA